AUGGAGAUAAGGGGGUGGGAGUGGCUGGAAAGGGCGGACGGGGAACAAAGGAGGCUGGAGGCUUGCGCCGGGAAGGCCGUGCUGGUGGGACUCCGGCAGGCACAGGAUGACUGCAGGGCUGGGUCCUGCCACCCGGCCGUUGGGGACCUCCUCCUGGGUCGCAGCAAGCAACUAGUGGCCUCUUCAACCUGUGGAGUGAACAGCCCCCAGAAGUACUGCAUUAUAGGCUACCUUGAGGCUGACCAGAAGUGCUUUGUCUGUGAUUCUAGGUAUCCAUAUAAUCCCUAUACACAACGCAACAGCCACAUGAUUGAAAAUGUUAUCACAACUUUUGAGCCAGAUAGGAAAAAAAAGUGGUGGCAGUCAGAAAACGGCGUUGACCAUGUCAGUAUUAGACUGGACCUAGAAACUUUAUUCCAGUUCAGCCAUCUCAUCCUGACCUUUAAGACAUUUCGGCCCGCAGCAAUGCUGGUUGAGCGCUCCAUCGACUUUGGUCAGACCUGGAAAGCGUUUAGAUAUUUUGCACAGGACUGUGCAGCUUCUUUUCCCAACAUCUCUUCUGGUCCAUCAAAGGGUGUGGGAGACGUCAUUUGUGAUUCAAGAUAUUCAGACAUUGAGCCCUCCACUGAAGGCGAGGUUGUCUUAAAAGCUUUGGAUCCAAGCUUUGAAAUAGAAAACCCAUAUGUGCCAUAUAUCCAAGAGCUCAUUACAAUGACAAACCUAAGGAUCAAUUUUACCAAACUCCAUACCCUCGGGGAUGCUCUCCUUGGAAGAAGGCAAGGUGAUCCCCUUGAGAAGUACUACUAUGCUGUCUACGAGAUGGUUGUGCGGGGCAACUGCUUUUGCAAUGGCCAUGCCAGCCACUGUGACCCCAUACAGAAUCUGCGGGGUGACGUCUUUCAUCAGCCUGGCAUGGUGCAUGGGCGAUGUAUCUGCCGCCACAACACAGAAGGCUUGUCCUGUGAAAGAUGUAAAGAUUUCUACAACGACGCUCCCUGGAGGCCAGCUGAAGGGGCACAAGACAAUGCUUGCAAACGCUGUAACUGCAAUGGCCACUCUGGCAGGUGCCACUUCGACAUGGCCGUGUACCAGGCCAGUGGUGGGGUCAGCGGUGGGGUCUGCGAGGACUGCCAGCACAAUACCACGGGGCAACACUGUGAUCAGUGCAAGCUCUUCUUUUACCAGGAUCCACACAAAGCCAUCUCAGACCCUCAUGCCUGCCUCCCCUGCAGCUGUGACCCAGAGGGCACACUGCACCACGGUGCGUGUGAGAGCCGCACAGACCCUGUGCUGAGAACGGUGGCAGGCCGGUGCCCGUGCAAGGAGAACACGGAGGGUGUCCGCUGUGACAAGUGCAAGGCCAACCAUUUUGGGCUGAGAGGCAGCGACCCACAGGGUUGCCAGCCCUGCAACUGUGAUGCUGCCGGCACUUUGCCUUUCUCCGUCUGUGACCCUGCCACUGGGGAGUGCCUCUGCCAGCGGUUCACCAUGGGCCGGCGCUGUGAGAAGUGUGUUGAGGGAUACUGGGGUCUUGGCAAGAGCGUGUAUGGCUGUUCUCCAUGUGACUGUGACAUUGGUGGAUCCCAGGAUAACUUGUGCUCACCAGAGGACGGUCAGUGCAAGUGCCUUCCCAACAUCGUGGGCCGUCAGUGCAAUGAGCCAGCCCCAGGCUACUUCUUUUUGCCCCUGGAUUAUUAUAUUUAUGAAGCUGAGCAUGCAACGCCCCUUUCUGGUUCUGCACCCUUGGGCACAGCUGAGCAAGGACAGGACCCGGCCCUGGAAGUGGUUUUCAGGCAGCCCAGCGCUGGCCGAGCUGUCACCUGGACAGGCCCUGGCUUUGCCCGUGUCCCCAGUGGAGCUGGGCUGAGAUUUGCCAUUGACAACAUUCCACUGGCUAUGGACUUCUCUGUCACAAUCCGUUAUGAGCCAGAGACCUUAGAAGACUGGUUAGCAAGUGUUGCUGUCAAGCCCACUGGUGUUUCAUCAAGUCAACACUGCAAAGCCAACGGCUUUUCACAGGAACCUCACGUGUUUGCCCUCCCAGCUACAAAGAGGAUUGCCCUGCUGCAGACCCCAGUCUGCCUGGAGCCAGGAACCCAGUACUCUGUGGAUGCAUAUUUUUCUCAGCCUUCUGCCUCUGACCCAAAGGCUAAACCGUUCAUCUUGAUUGACUCUCUUGGACUUAUUCCCAGAAUCAACUCCAUGGAGAACUUAUGCAGCAAAAAGGAUUUAGAUGACUACCAGAAGUAUCACUGUGUCGAAACUGCAUCAGAAGUUGGACCUCAUGUGCUGCCUGAGGUGUGCGCCCGGCUGAUAGCCAGCAUGUCAGCCCGCCUUCACCAUGGCGCUGUUGCAUGCAAGUGCAAUCCCCAGGGCUCUCUGAAUGCCAGCUGCAGCAGACUGGGCGGCCAGUGCCAUUGCAAAGCCAAUGUAGUGGGGCGCUGCUGUGACACUUGCUCUGCAGGCAGCUAUGGCUUCGGCUUCCAUGGCUGCUACCCGUGUGAGUGCCACCCGCGGGGCUCAGUGAGCUCACUAUGUGACCAGGUGACAGGGCAGUGUGCCUGCCUCCGGGAUGUUGAUGGCCGGCGCUGCAGCCAAUGUCUGCCUGGGUAUUUUGGGUUUCCCCACUGCCGUCCUUGCCCGUGUCACGGCUUCGCAGAGCUUUGCCACCCAGUGACCGGCGAGUGCCUGAACUGCAGCAGGUUUACAGCUGGAAGGCACUGUGAAAGGUGCAUCGAUGGCUAUUAUGGAAAACCUUCCAACAGAGAACCUUGCCGCCCAUGCAUGUGCCCAGGAGUACCCACAAGCAAGAGGUUUUUUGCACAUUCCUGUUACCAGGACUCCCAGACUUCACAGAUAGUCUGCAAUUGUCUUGAGGGAUAUUCAGGCAGCCGGUGUGAUGAAUGUCCUAGCGGGUUCUACAAAAUCCCAGGAAGCCCAGGGGAGGAAUGUGCACCAUGUCCCUGCAACAACAACAUUGAUGUGACAGACCCGGAGUCCUGUAACAGGGUCACUGGGGAAUGCAUCAAGUGUUUGCACAACACCCAUGGAGCAAACUGCCAGUUCUGCAAACCUGGGUAUUUUGGCUCAGCCCUCGAUCAGGACUGCCAAAUCUGCAAGUGCAAUCCUGCAGGUGUCCUCCCUGCCACAUGCCCUGGAGGGGAUGCAGCCUGCCUGUGUGACCCAGCCACCGGAGCUUGCCCGUGUCAGCCCAACGUAGUUGGUACAACAUGCGACCAGUGUGCGCCGGGCUACUGGGACCUGGCUGGAGGAAAAGGAUGUCAGCUCUGUGACUGUAACGUGAAAAACACCCAAAGUAGCCAGUGUGACCAGCUUACAGGCCAGUGUCUGUGUAAGGUAGGCUAUGGUGGGAAACGCUGCAACGAAUGUGAGGAAAACUACUUUGGCAAUCCCCAGAAGCAUUGCAUUUCAUGUAACUGUAACCCAGAGGGAACCAGCUGGCCUCGGUGUGACAAAGCCACUGGUGUGUGUAACUGCCGUGCUGGUGUCACUGGGCGGUUCUGCGACCAGUGUGGCCGUGGCUUCGAGAAAGACUUUCCCUCUUGCCGUCACUGUCACCUUUGUUUUGAUGAGUGGGACACUGAAAUUACUGCCCUCGCCCAGACUGUUCAAGGGUUAAUGAGGUUUGCUGCAAGCCUAGAAGAUAAAGGAGGACGGAUGCCCAGCUGUGACAUGCGAUUCAAAGCCUUUGAAGAUGCCAUUUCUGAAAUUGAAAGAAUUUUGAAACGUCCUGUUUUUUCAUGGAAGGCACUCUCAAGCAUCAAGGAUUUUCAUGGCUAUCUUCAACAACAAAUUACACAAAUGGGUCCGAUUCGUAGUAUGCCAUAUGAAUUUCCUGACCUCACUGAGAACAUUGAAGACAUUGGUGAAGAAGCUGAUCGUGUCUAUGAACUUCUACAACAGAAAUUAGAUCUGCAUCGCACUUUUCAUUACUUGAGCCUCAAAGAGGCCAUCAACAACAUUCGGAAACACUCUGAAGUAUCAUUCCUGGCAGAACAGAAAGCUCGUGAGACAGCCCCUGUGGUAAGGCACUCGGAGCACACAAGGCAGAGCAUGCUCACUGUGAUGCACAAGCGGGCCUGGGAAGGGAGCAGAGUGCUGGAGCAGCUCAAACUGGUCAAGAUCCCUGGCAUUCAACACUUGGCUGAAAAGAUCUGCGGGGUGCCAGGAAACCAUUCCUGUGCUGCAGUAGCCUGUGGGGGAGGCCCAAACUGCAGCGGAGCUCUUCCUCUCUCCUCUAGUGCAUUCAGGAAAGCUGAGGACACUGCUGUCCUGCUAACUAACUUGACUACUCAGCUACAGGACCCUGAGAAUCAAGUUGAAAGCAUCAGAAAAAUGGCAGAAGACACCAAGCUGAAAGGCUCACACUUCAAUGGGGAACUAGAGAAAGCUAAGAACCAGAUUAAAGUUGACCGAGAAGUCACAAAGGAAUUUAUCAGAAAAGUGAAAAACUUCUUGUCAGAUGAGAGUGUGCCUCCAGAAGACAUCGAGCAGGUGGCAAGUUAUGUCCUGCAGAUAAACCUUCCCCUGACUCCAAGAAAACUAACAAGCAUGCUUGGUAAAAUCAGAAGCAUUAUGGCCCACUGUGAGAGCUACAAACUGAACGCAAAUAAGAGAAACAGGAAAAGGGAAGUGGCUCAGACACUGCUGGUGGAGGCAUGGGCUGCCGACAAAGCAGCUAAAGCUCUUCCCCCUGUGGACAAAAUUAAUGACGAACUAAAAAAUGUUGUGAGCUCCCAAGGACGCUCCAAAAAUACCCUCAUGAAGUUAAAUGAAGAGAUACAAGGAAUCAAAGCACAAAUCUCACAGGCUGGGAACCAAAUGAACAAGACAAGCAAUGAACUCAAUGACUUUUCAGCAAAACAGUCCAAUUUGGAAGAUGAAAUUACCACACUGCAGAUGAAAAUGCUGAUGAACAAAAAUCAAGCUACAAAUGUGAGAGCAGGGGCAGAAGCAACAUACAAGCGAGCUCAGAAAAUUGAUAAUGAAUUCACUGACAUUAAAAGGAAGUACACCAUUCUUCAAGACAAGCUGAAAGCAAAAGGAUCUCCAAAAGUAACUCUAGAGAAAGUGAAGCAGCUGAAGGAAGAAGCAGAAAAACUGGCUGAAGAGACUGAAAAAAAAAUUAGAAGAAUAACAGAUUUGGAGAAGAAGCUUCAGGACCUGAAUCAAACCAAGCAAGACAAGGCGGAGCAACUCAGACAAUUAGAGGAACAAGUGAUAGCCAUUAAAAAUGAAAUCACAGAGCAGGAAAGCAAGUACUCCACGUGCAAAAGCUAAGGGCUGGGCAGGUAAAGUGCAACAGAGGCCUCUGUGUAUACCACCUCAUGAGCACAGGGUGGCUGUCCUCCGUAUGUAAGUCUGAAGGUGUGUACAGAAUUUUGGUGUGGGGCAUAAUGUAACUUUCUCUUGGUUUUUAGUCUGAGUUUAUAUGGAAUAUGAACAACUUUUAAUAAACUUUUAAUGGAACACCCAA